AUGUCUCCUGAACGCAUUGAUUCUCGGCGCAAGCGCCCUAACCGUCUGGAGGAAGCUAUCACGAACCCCGGGGCUGUCAAGAUCAACGUCAAGGGCGCCUUCAUUGUCGACGAUGAGCCACGAUCCCGAAGCCCCGUUGAAGCAGAGGGUGUACACUAUGAGAACAAGGAUAUUCGGCUUCCACACCACACCGGCGUAGUGAGCCAUGUGGCUGUCGAUAUUGGUGGCACCUUGGCAAAGCUGGUUUACUUUACUCGCGAGCUCAAUUCGGCGGAUAAUGGCGGUCGACUGAAUUUCCUCAAUUUCGAGACCCAUCGGAUCGACCUAUGCAUUAACUUCAUCCGACAGCUAAAAGAGGAGCAUGAGAAGCGGAACAGCUCGAAACGGGACGAAUUAUGUGUGGUGGCCACCGGUGGAGGGGCCUACAAGUACUACGAGAGGCUGAGGGAGGAGUUAGGGGUCAACAUAUUGCGCGAAGAGGAGAUGGAAUGCUUGAUCAUUGGCCUGGAUUUCUUCAUCACCGAGAUCCCCAACGAAGUCUUCACCUAUAGCGAUGCCGACGCAGAGCCCAUGCAAUAUGCCGAGGCUCGACCCGACGUCUAUCCAUACCUCCUGGUCAACAUUGGCUCAGGUGUCUCCAUGAUUAAAGUGUCCGGUCCGAAACAAUUUGAGCGUGUCGGUGGAACGCAUCUCGGAGGAGGAACCUUCUGGGGUAUCAUGUCAUUACUGACGGGCUCCCGAACCUUCGACGACAUGCUGGCCAUGGCCGACCGAGGAGAUAAUAGUGCCGUGGACAUGCUCGUAGGUGAUAUCUAUGGCAUGGACUAUAGCAAAAUUGGAUUAAAGAGCACCGCCAUCGCCAGUACCUUUGGCAAGGUGCUUCGAUUAAAGAACGACGCCGAGCAAGGGGCCGAAGACGGCGAGGGGUUGAUCCAUGGCGAUCCGAAUGAGCCCAGCCAUGGACCCAAGCCCAAUCCGGAAGACAUGAGUCGGAGUUUGCUCUACGCCAUUAGGUAUGCUUCACGAUUCGCCGAUCUGAUCCGAGCUAAUCCCUCCAGUAAUAAUAUUGGCCAGAUCGCUUAUCUGCAGUCAGAGAAGCACAGCGUCAAACACAUCUACUUCGGUGGUUCCUUCAUCCGAGGCCACCGUCAAACGAUGAACACGCUGUCAUACGCCAUCCGCUUUUGGUCCAAGGGCGAGAAGCAAGCAUAUUUCCUGCGCCACGAGGGCUACCUGGGGGCCGUUGGGGCUUUCAUUCAACGCCAGCCGCAAAACUGGGGCCGCAGAAACAGUGUGGACGACGUGGUUGCACCGCAGGCGGUCAGGAACCUCGUCCGAAAUGACAAUGUCCUCAAUCACCACAGCAGGUCGUCCAGUGAUCUAUGA